AUUUACGAAACGAUAAAAACGUAAAGCCUAUGGACAUGGAGAAAGGCAGCUCGGGAAUAAAGCUAUAGGCCUUCAAAUCAAGUGAGGUGACUGUACCUCAGUUUUCAUUCGGUUAUCAGGAUCUGGAACUAGAAUCAACAGAGAGCAAACAUGUGAUUCGUGACCGAAUAACAAUGACAAUAUUAUAGCUUCGAUACUGACACCAUUCGGCAUGAAAAUAAACGGCAAUGUUUUUGACGUUGUUUCGCGGGGCUUAUGCUACUAUUCUCGGGUUUGAAAGGGAGAGAGCAGCGCGGCACUAGAGAAGCCGGAGGUUAAUCACGUUUUCAGCACCGAGACAGCUCCUUGUGGAAGAAGUCUAUAUUCGGCAGCAAGGAGUCCCUUCUGCGAUCGCGGGGGAAGCCCUCAACCCUCACUAGCAAAUUUGGAGCGGUGUAGCCAACAACACACACAACGUUCUGACCUUUCUUCCUCCACUCUCCAAUGAUGCCGGUUAUUUGGUGGUCAGUCAGGGACACUUAAUAUAAUCUUGCUGAACGACGAUGGUGCUUGCAUUUCGGCUCCAGUCUUUUCGUUUUGCACAGGAUUCUAAGCAGCAGCAGCAGGGGUGCUUGUCCAAUGUAAAAGUGCUAAGGAAGGCAGCAGCCUACACAUCGCCACGAGCUUGGAGCACGAGCCUCACUCACGCUGAUCAUCACAGAGGGAGACAUUAUCACGAGCACGCGGCCAACGGGAGGCUCGAUUAGACUGUCAACAAUGUAAAUCAAGACAGGUUCAACAUGAGUCCAGCAGAGUCUAUCUGAUGUGGUGAUCUCAGAAGCUAAGAGAGGCAUAGCCUGACUGAGAACUGAGUGAAGAUCAUAACCUCCUCCUCUUCCUCUCUCCAUCACCAUCCACCAACAUGGCUAACCCUCAUGACGUGGUGGAGCAGCAGGCUGGAGGCCUAUCAGACCUGGAGAUCAUCUCCCAGCCAGACCCAGUGGAGGAGCAUGGUGUGCAGGAGAUGGACCCUUCCUGCAUGCCUCCUGUCCAGCUGGUCAGCUUCGGCUACAGGGACCUUCCUCUGGCCCACCUGGACCUCUCCCUGGCCGGAUCACAGCUCCUCUCUAACCUGGAUGAGGACGACAACAGGGAAGG